AGAUUAAGAUAUCUAGGAUCAAUGUAAGGAUGACUAGAUUGUAAAACAAUGCAUUCUCAUCCAAUUUAUUUAAUUUUGUCAGGAAAAAACGUUUGAUAGCAUGACACAAAAAGAUGAGUGGUUUGUUAUCUUUGAUGCCAUACCGAGAAAUACGACCGCAUAAUUUUAUGUACUUGUACUAUUGUUGUAUCGCUAUCUUCAUGGAUAAUAAUGAUAAAACGUAAAGUGAUUAGAAACAGGUGGAUUAUUCAAAAAGGUAUUCGAGUUUCUAUUCUGAAAAUGUGUUGGUUGUUAACAGUUCGAAUAAUCUUGCAGCUGAUGUCCUACGCUCGUUUGAUUUCGGCUAGAGUGAUCGCCGGAGGACCGCUAUCACCUCGAUUUUCGUACGAAAAUAAAAUCCAUAAACGGUAUGCAUACGCGGUAAAAAUACGAAGAAAUGUGACGGGUGACUUUAUUUACUUUACGUCGCGUUCGUUUAACUACCUCGUAAGGAUCACAUUCUUUAUCUGCUUAUCGAUUUAAGCCUCCGACUUUAUAGAUUACCAACAUCUUUAUUAAUGCUUAAUUUCCUGGCAAACUGUGUGCAAGGAUUAAAUAGAUAUUAAAGAUGAACGUGGUGAACAAAACGGAUUUACGAAAUAAAAGAUAAAGGUCGAUGCAUCAGAGGAAACUUAUCUGCGUCCUCCAAGAAACCGUGUAUCUGAUCCCUUAUUUUUUCCGCUUCUAAUACCUUGUAUUAGAUUCCCUUCAUUACAGAUAACACGGAGUACAAAGUAUCGAAAAUUAGUACGUAGCAGAUCGCGUUAUCGUUCCUUCUCCUCCUCCUGCUCCUCCUCCUCCUCCUGCUUCUCUUAUGACCCCCUCUACCUUUUAUUUAUCGGUUAUGCCUUGUCCAUAUCAACUUUUACCAGUUCGCGUGGCCUUUUAUCCACAAUUCCUUUCCCUUUUCGCGUUUAUUGAGGAGCACGUGUUCCACCAGUAUAAAACGAAUUCGCGCGGAGAGGAUCGAUUCAGUUACUCUCAACAUGCGGCCAAGAUACAUGCAAACUCUUGAUCUAUAGAUUCUUGUGAGUUUCGCGGCACAUUUUCUUUUUCCCCUUCGCUAACAUACAGUUGAAAAGUGUUCCGUUUACUCGAAUGAGAACUGUGCAAGCUGUUCUUUUUCUCUUCACCUUCUACUUCCGGUCGUUCUAAUACGUCUACUUCGGUUCGCGACGGCCGAUCGUGAAGGAACGUGAACAACGUCGCCGCUAUGUUGUCCCUUUGGAGAACAUGUUGUGGAAGAGUACCGCAACGAUGGAUAUUCGCGAUAAUGGGAUUUCUGGCGCUCUUCAACGCCUACGCGAUGAGAGUCUGCCUUUCGAUCACGAUCACCGAGAUGGUCAUCCCGCAUGCGGAACCUGCGGAACACGAUGACCAUACUUGCGACGACAUGGAACAACAUCAAAGCAAUUCCACCGUAACGCAUCCGUCGCAGCGAUACGACUGGGACCAAAUGACGCAGGGUUUGAUCUUGUCAUCCUUCUACUGGGGCUACGUGAUCACGCAUCUGCCCGGAGGAAUGCUGUCAGAGCGAUUCGGAGGAAAAUAUUCGUUAGGUCUGGGAAUCCUGGCGACCGCCUUCUUCACAUUAAUCACACCAGUCGUGGUGGAACACGGGGACUCAACGGGUCUGAUCAUCGUACGAGUCUUAAUGGGUCUCUGCGAAGGCACUACUUUCCCAGCUUUGAACGCGCUGUUGGCUCAAUGGACUCCUCCGGAGGAGAGAUCCGUGAUCGGCUCGUUGGUAUUCGCGGGCGCUCAGCUGGGCACCGUGUUCGCCAACUCGUUGUCCGGUAUCAUCAUUCACUACUUCAACUGGCCAGCCGUGUUCUAUGUGUUCGGUAUUGUUGGAGUAAUCUGGUUCCUCAUAUGGGUGGUCACUUGCUACAACAGCCCCGACAGCCAUCCGUUUAUUUCCCAGAGGGAGAUCGACUUCCUGCAUGAAAGGAUGCAGGCGCAUACGCAUAAGAAACCGCCUCCGGUACCGUGGAGGCAUUUGCUGAAAUCGGUGCCGCUGUGGGCACUGAUAGCUGCGCAGGUUGGGCACGAUUGGGGCUUCUUCACUUUGGUCACUGAUUUACCCAAGUACAUGAGUAAUGUACUCAAGUACCCCAUCAAGAACAAUGGGCUGCUAUCCGCUUUGCCGUAUUUGACCAUGUGGAUUUGUAGUAUUAUUACCUCCUAUUUGGCGGACUGGAUGAUCAGGACUGGGGUCAUGUCGCGAACCAACGUGCGCAAACUGGGAACGACCAUUGCGUCCGUUGGACCUGGAGCGUUUAUUAUCGGAGCCUCUUACGCGGAAUGCGAUAGGACGGUUGUGGUAGUGAUGUUCACUAUUGGUACCACGCUAAUGGGCACCUUUUAUCCGGGAAUGAAGGUUAACGCUUUGGAUCUCAGCCCUAAUUACUCUGGAACGUUGAUGGCGCUCGUUAACGGAAUAGGCGCCUUCACUGGUAUCAUCACGCCGUACCUCGUCGGUGUAUUGGCACCGAACGAGUCUCUCCUCGAGUGGAGACUGGUGUUUUGGAUCGUAUUCGUCGUGUUCGUAGUGACUAAUUUGGUAUUUGUGCUUUAUGCGAGCGGGGAGGUUCAGUAUUGGAACAAUCCGGACUUCGUCAGGCAGGAAAGAAUGGAAAAGCGGUCGAAAGCGGAGAAAGAGAAGGGGGAAAACAUGGAGAAAACUAUGCCGUGAACAGUUGAAGUCUGAUCGUAACACGAAUCAGUUUUCUUCGGUCAUUCAUCCACAUCUAUUAUAUUUGCAUUCAGAUCAUUUUAUCGGAAGUAUGAUUCGAAUGGCUUGUUCAAUUGAAACGGAACAAGUGGCUCUCCUACGUUUGACUCGUCCAUUUUUAUAUAGGAGCUAAUAACUUUAUGUUUUAUGUAAACUUAUUCUCCGAACGGCUAAUUUAUCGAAGGUUAAACGCUCUCCUUUUUACCAUCUAGUCCGAAUUCUCGUCGCGUUCUCCAAAAACGAGGAUCUCUAUACGGCGAGUAAGAAACUAGCUUUGUCGGAAAAACACGCUGCAGAGCGAGAAUGAAACGCACCCUACAUUGACGUUACAUCGACGUGUUCUCGCGAACGAAUUUCAAUGUACCUGAAAAUAUUCUUACGUUUACGUUACAUUGUCCGUCUAUUAGAUCCAUACAGUCAGAACUGAUAUAUAUGCUUACAUCCAUUUUUUUUCUUGUUUUUCCGAAUAUAACGGAUGCUUUCGUUUGUAAGCGUAUGUAUCGGUUUAUGAACCGUGUAAUUUGCGUGUAAAAGUUGUGAGCGAUUCUUUCUAGUUAGGAUUCUAAUGGUACAAUUACUGCGUACAAUUACUGCGAUUGUACAAAUUACGUAUAAAAGAUAAAUUUAUCUAUUUCUGUUUAAAUCGUACAAUGUAUCGUAUUAUAAAUAUGCCUCGUUUCAUCGAGCAUACACGUUGAUCGAAUUUCCAUUAAAUAUAUUUGUUCUAUUAUUA